CGGAGGGGACCGAACAGCAGCGACGGCAGGGUGCAGCCCGGCCUGUUCCGGCGGUGUCCGCUCGCCAUGUCCAUCAGCAGCUGCACCUUCGAGGAUCGGUCGGUGGCUGUGCUGUGCUGCCGCUUCUGCCAGCAGGUGCUGAGCUCCCGGGGCAUGAAGGCCGUGCUGCUGGCGGACACCGACACCGACCUCUACUCCACCGACAUCCCGCCUACGGGCACCGUGGAUUUCAUUGGCAGCUGCUAUUUCACUGAGAUCUGCAAAUGCAAGCUGAAGAACAUUGCCUGCUUAAAGUGUGGGAACAUCGUUGGUUAUCAUGUGAUAUCUCCCUGCAAACCCUGCCUGCUCUCCUGUAACAAUGGCCACUUCUGGAUGUUCCACAGCCAAGCAGUCUUUGGCAUCAACAGGCUAGACCCUUCUGGUGUGAAUGUAUUGCUGUGGGGCAACCUGCCAGACCUGGAGGAAAGCACAGAUGAAGAUCUGUCUUGCAUCUCUGAGGAGGAGUGGAUCAGAUAGAUGUUAUCUGCACUAUCCUGCAGCAUCUGCCUGAGCUUCCUUGCCUUGCUGUUUGCCUUGGAGUUUGUUCUCCUGCUUAAGCC